AUGUCACGAGUGGAACAUCAGUGGCCCAGGAGCUCACUAAACCCAAAGUAUCGUUGUAUGCCGGGUGAAUUUAUGUACAAAGGAAACCUCUGGCCCUCAUGGACAUCUGAGAAGAACAUCAAGAGUGUUGAGGACCAAUUCGUGUUCCUCCCGACAGAUAUCAUUCUGAGUGGCUAUCCAAAGUCCGGAAUCACAUUCCUAUCCGAAAUAACUUGCCUGUUGCAUUUCAGUCACGGGAAACUGGAGUAUCUACAAUCUGCUAUUGAGAAAGUUGAGAAAUCCCAGGUGUACUUCAGGGUACCCUUUAUUGAGGAGGAGUGGACUGGUCUCUUUCCGACGAUGACCGAUAAAGUCCAGGCGAUGGAAUAUCUGGAUUGUUUGCGACAACAGCAAUGUGGGAAUCAGCCGCGGUUGAUUAAGACACACUUGCCAUUUGACAGCAUUGAAUGUGCGCUGAAUCGGCUGGAGCGGAACCUGAGGCCACGCAUUCUGUACGUCUACCGAAAUCCGAAAGAUGUGGCCGUUUCAAUGUAUAAUUUCUAUUGUGGUCUCCAAAACUACGGACCCUUUGAAGGAGAUUGGGACGAAUUUUUCGAAAUGUGGAUUGAUGGAUGGAUAGGUGGUGGUGACUGGCGCAAAGUUGUUCCACCGUGGUUGAAACAGGCUGAAAUUUCCGAACCCACUCAAAUGUUAGCCAUCAGCUAUGAACAGUUAGUGAACGACACUGAGGCCUGUGUGAACAACAUUCACCACUUUCUUCUCCCAGAAACUGAUUUGGAACCCACAGUGCGACAAGUCAUCUUGGAACGUACCUCCUUCGAUAAAAUGCGUGAGAACAAAAUGACGAAUUACAAGGAUGUAGAAGAGUUCAUUCCUUCCUUCCAAUUCAUGCGUCGUGGAUGUGUCGGCGACUGGAAGAACUGGUUUAGUCCCGAACAAAACUCUAGAUUCAUGGCAGCAUACAAAGACACGUUGGAAGAUCUGGAACAGUUCGCACACUCGCAUGCUAUACGUUUUGAA